GGACUGAACUCUGCAGACAGAGAUGAAUCCUCAGAUAUCAGGAGAAAUGGUCGAUCUCACAGCUGACGUGUCUCUCUCAGCUGUGCAGUCCAGUCUGCACACUGAGGUCCGGGCGCUGCUCAAGGAGAUGAACAGCAGAUGUACUUCACAGAAAGGAUGGAUAAGAUGGAGCCUUGAGAGGAAGGUGGAGGUGGAUCCGUCCUGCAGCGUCUCCCUCAUCUCCGUGUUGGUCAAGGAGCUGGAGAAGAAGCUGAAGAAGGUUCUGAACAUUCAUAAAAAAGGAUCCCACGUGCAUGUCAUCCCGAUACUGCACACCCUCUACUAUGCAGUCAUUCAGUCAGGCUCCUUGAUUCCUCGCAGCCUCUACCAGAGAGUAGACGAGUGUUUGAUGAAGCUGCUGAUUUUACCGAUUCCCUAUUCAACCGUGGCCCUGAGCACCUUGAGCAACGUUAAGAUGGAAAUGACCACACCAGGCUCUUUGUACCUGAGGAGAUUCAUCGCUGAGCAGAACCUGAAGAGUAAACAUUGCACCCUGCAAGAAAGGGUGUUUGUUCUCGCAGACCCAGAUGUUUUCACUGCACAGCUGGAGGCCACAGUGAGGGCGCACUUGGAGGUGUCCGGUGUGCUCAGGGACACGCCCACAGCCAUGGAGAAGAAGCUGAUGUUACGGGUGAUGCAGAAGGGGCUGGGGACGGCGUGCCGGAGAUCCAGACUGGCUCAGGCUCUGGAGGCUUUAGACGAUCAGAUUGUAGAGAAACACUUUGAGGAAGUUGUCCGAGCCGUGGAGCAGAGUGUAAAACACGGACCUGGUGGAUGCACAAUGUAUCUGAACAGACUGCAACACAUACAGGAAGAGAUUCUGACUGCUGCUACAGAGGAAGUAACCGAAGAGGAUUGCGACUCCGUGAGAAGCCGGACGUUGUCAUUUCCUAAGAUUAAAUUCCUGCUGUGGACAAACGAAGAGGAUCUAUGGAGUCUUCUGGCAAACUUCUCCCUGAGGUCCAACUCCAACUCCAGUGUGGAUGGAGAGGAGAAGGACAGAAGAGACGGAUCUGUCAGAAAUCCAUCAUCAGCAAUCUCACGGAGAAACGCCUACAGGAGGGCAACCUCCAAACUGAUUCUGAUGAGGGAGAAGAUGGACACGUUUGCCGGGAGCCGUCGUGUCCAGAGAGACGACUGCAGGUGUCUCACAGCGCGGGUGGUGGUGAUGGGGGACGAUCGGGUGCUCGGGCGGCUCAGCAGGGUUUUCCUCUCUAUACGACAGCGAGAGUCCAAACAUCUUGUUUUGACCAAGAAGCUGAACCUGCAGUUGUACUACGUCCCCGUCACCGAUGUGGAGCCCAGUUCACCAGUCGGCUUGUGUCCGGACGAGGGGAGACUGUCUCUCGCCGGCUUGUUGGGGAGGUUGGAUCCGUGGUACAACAGCAACAUCAACAGUCUGAGAGCCACCAUCUCCAACCUGUCCAGAACGAACCUCUUCCUGCUGGACACCCUGUGUUACUACCUCCGCUGUGGGACGCAGCCCGUGAACCUGCCCAUGUAUUCUGUGAAGAUGACGCGGUGCAGCAGUGACGCGUCCUCUUCGGUGGAGGACGUGUUCGUGUCCCACCUGGAGGCCGACAUGCCAGAGUUCAGAUACCUCAAAGACAAGUUUCCAAAGGAUCCGUCCACACGCAGGAAGACGUCCACGGUGAUCGUCCACGGUGCCGUCAUCACCGUCACUUACACAGAGACGUCUUUGAGCAAACGAGGAGUUGUGAGAGGAGAAGCUCUGAGGACGUGUGGCGUGGUGAUCACCUCAGAGCCGGCAGCUGUGACCUCAGGUGAGGAUUUCCUCACGGCCAGUUUUGACAGCAUCGACCUGGGAAACAAGAAAAAAAUCCGAACCCAGAACAUCAGCAUCGGGACGACGGGGGAUCGAACCCUCUCCGUGUGUCUGGACAGAGACGCCCGCAGGACGUACACCGACGUCCAGAGAAUAGACAUCUCUCCGUGCUUGGACCCAGGAUGCAGCCUCCGCUCCAGCAGGUAUCUGAACAACGUCCUGUCGCUGCCCAUCAACACCUUCAGUGGUGUGACCCUGUGA